GUCCCGAGCUUCCAGCCCCGCGGGCUAGGAUCCCGUCCCCAACUUGGAGCCCGAACCGAUCCUAACCUGACCCGGCCGGCUUCGUCCCUUGACCCCUGCUUUGUCCUUGCCUAGACUCCGACCCCGACCCUGGCUUUGUCCCUGCCCUUGACCUCAGCCCCGGCCCUGACCCCGCCCUGACCCUACCCGUGGCCUCUAACUUCCCCUCGGCGGUCCCCAGCUCUUGCCUGGUCCUACCCUGGCCAGCCACCUCCCCUAGUCUUGGAUCUGACCCUUGACUCCUGACCCCAGACCUCCUUGGACCGGCCGAAGCCAUCGUCUCCCAGCGAGUUUUCGGACCCCAAUCCUGGGCCGCCCAGCCUUGAUCCGGCGAGGGCCGGACCCUCGGCCUCCGUUGGCCCCCUGACCCAAGCCCUGGCCCCCGGAGCAACUUGCCCGUCUCCUGCAGCUGCCUCCUGAGCCCUGAACGUGGAAGCGGGCCCCGGGCCCCAGCCCCAAGAUGAGCAACAAUGACUCGGCCCUCAUGGCUAAAAUAAUAUAUUAUUGUCAAGAAAAGUACUUUCGACAUGUGCAAAAUGCGGCCUCAGAAGGCUUGGAGAAAUUCAGCAAUGACUCUGUUCUGCAGUUUUUCAAGGCAUAUGGACUCCUACGGGAAGAACACAUACAAGAUGCCAUCGGCGAACUAGAGACACUCAAGAGCCACCCAGACGUGUCCCUGUGCUCACUCAUGGCCCUCAUUUAUGCUCACAAGCGCUGUGAGACCAUCGAUCGAGAGGCUAUUUCAGAACUUGAAAAUUGCCUCAAGGAAACCCGGAAAACUGCUGGUGUGAACGCCUUGUAUUAUGCAGCCUUGUUCCUAUGGCUGAUGGGUAAAAAUGAGAAAGCCAAGGAAUACGUGGACAGGAUGCUGAAGGUGACCAGCGGAUCCAGAGAGGGCUUUGUUCUCCGAGGCUGGGUGGACUUUACAUCUGACAAACAGCAUACUGUAAAGAAGUCAAUCAAGUAUUUUGAUCAAGGGAUUCGGGACACCAAAGAUGUGUUGGGCCUAAUGGGGAAGGCAAGCUAUUUCAUGAUGCAACAGAAUUACUCGGGUGCCCUGGAAGUUGUUAAUCAAAUAACAGUCACGUUUUUUAACUUCAUCCCAGCCUUUAUCCUGAAGAUGAGACUCUUCUUGGCCCAGCAAGACUGGGAGCAAACUGUCGAAACGGGACUCCGAAUCUUAGAAAAGGAUGACAAUAAUAUCGACGCCCGUCAGGUUCUGGCUGUCCACGAGUUUGCAAGGGAAGGAGACGUCAAUGAAGCGAUUGGUCACGUGAGAAAUCUAAUUAAGGCUCUGGAGACCAGGGAACCCCAGAACCCAAGCCUCCACCUCAAGAAGGUCACUGUCAUUAGUCGACUGUGCGGGAAGCACCAGAUGAUCCUGCAGCAGAUCUACAGCUUCAUCGAGCGCUCCUUCAUGCUGGCGCCUUCGGACGCCCAGUUUGCCAACGAGCUGGGCUACCAGCUCAUCCUCCAGGAGCGCGUGAAGGAGGCCUCCAUGUGGUACACGGAGGCCAUGAAGCUGGACGAGAGCAGCAUCGCGGCCCUCACAGGCAUUAUUUGGUGCCAAAUUCUGGAGGGCAACCUGGAGGAGGCGGAACAACAACUGGAAUUCCUAAAGGAAGUUCAGCAGUCCCUGGGGAAGUCUGAGGUCCUGACGUUCCUCCAAGCCCUUCUGGCCUCCAAGAAGCACAAAAGCGAGCAGGUGGCCACGGCCCUCCUCAAGGAGGCCGCCGAGCUGCACUUCUCCAGCAUGCAGGGCCUCCCUCUGAGCAUCGAGUACUUCGAGAAACUCAACCCCAUCUUCCUGGUGAACAUCGUGAAAGAGUACCUGUUCUUCUGCCCCAAGCAGCCUCGAUCCCCGGGCCAGAUCAUCUCUCCCCUCCUCAAACAAGCCGCCGUGAUCCUGAACCCCGUGGUCAAGGUGGCGCCCGCGCUCAUCGACCCGCUUUUCCUCAUGGCCCAGGUGAAGUACCUGUCAGGAGAACUAGAGAAUGCCCAGAGUACCUUGCAGCGCUGCCUGGAGCUUGACCCGACCUCUGCCGACGUUCACCUCCUGAUGGCCCAGAUCUACCUAUCUCAGGGAAACUUCACGAUGUGCUCCCACUCCUUAGAGCUGGGAGUCAGCCACAACUUCCAGGUUCGAGACCACCCGCUGUACCACUUCAUCAAAGCACGGGCCCUGAACAAGUCAGGAGACUACCCGGAGGCCAUCAAGACCCUCAAAAUGAUCAUGAAGCUUCCUACCAUGAAGAAGGGGGAGAACAAGAAAACUCGCAGCUCCUGCAUCCGGCCCAGCGAGCGCGUGUCCAUCUUGCUAGAACUCGCCGAUGCCCUGCGGCUAAAUGGAGAGCUGCACGAAGCCACCAAGAUCAUGCAGGACGCCAUUAAUGAGUUCAGCGGCACCCCUGAGGAGAUCCGCAUCACCAUCGCCAACGUGGACCUGGCCCUGAGCAAGGGCAACGUGGAGAUGGCCCUGGGGAUGCUGCGGAACAUCACGCCCAAGCAGCCCUACUACACGGAGGCCAAAGAGAAGAUGGCGCACAUUUACCUUCACACGCGCAAGGACAUCCGGCUCUACAUUGGCUGCUACCGAGAACUCUGUGAACACUUGCCAGGGCCCCACACCAGCCUCCUGCUGGGCGACGCCUUCAUGAACAUUCAGGAGCCCGAGAAGGCUCUGGAGGUAUAUGACGAGGCUUACCGGAAGAAUCCUCACGACGCCUCCCUGGUCAGCAGGAUUGGGCAAGCCUACGUGAAAACUCACCAGUAUAACAAGGCCAUCAAUUAUUACGAAGCUGCCCAGAAGAUCAGCGGCCAGGACUUCCUGUGCUGCGACCUGGCGGAGCUGCUCCUGAAGCUCAAGAAAUUCAACAAGGCCGAGAAAGUGUUGAAGCAGGCGCUGGACCACGACUUCGUGAAUGACAUCCCCUCCAUGAUGAACGACGUCAAGUGCCUCCUUUUGCUUGCCAAAGUGUAUAAGAACCACAAAAAGGAGGAGGUGAUGGAGACUUUGAACAAGGCCUUGGACAUCCAGGCGAGAAUCCUGAAGCGGGUCCCCUUGGAGCAGCCCGAGAUCCUUCCUUCCCAGAAGCAGCUGGCCUCCUCCAUCUGCGCCCAGUUUGGGGAGCAGCACCUCUCCGACAAGGACUACAACAAGGCUGUCAAGGCCUAUAAGGACGCCCUAACCUACUCCCCCAUAGACAACAAAGUAACGCUGGAGCUGGCCCAGCUCUACCUGAUCCAAGGGGACCUGGAUGCCUGCGAGCAUCACUGUGCCGUUCUCCUGCAGAGUGACCAGAGCCACGAGACGGCCUCCGUGAUGAUGGCAGACCUGAUGUUUAGAAAACAGAAAUAUGAAUCGGCUAUCAGUCUGUACCGUCAAGUUCUUGAAAAGGCCCCAGACAAUUUUGCAGUUUUGAACAAACUAAUUGACCUGCUAAGACGGAGUGGGAAGCUUGAAGAUGCCCCAGCCUUCUUUGAACUGUCCAAGAAGGUGUCCAGCCGCAUACCCCUGGAACCAGGCUUUAACUAUUGCAAAGGCAUUUAUUGUUGGCACGUUGGACAACCCAACGAGGCCCUGAAGUACCUCAACAAGGCCCGCAAAGACAGCGACUGGGGCCAGAGCGCCACCUACAACAUGGUGCAGAUCUGCCUCAACCCAGACAACGAGAUCAUGGGGGGAGAAGCCCUGGAGACGCUCACGGUGGAGAACAGCAGUUCCACAGAGAAGAAGGAGUCGGAGCAGCACGGGGUGCGCACGGCCGAGAAGCUCCUGCGGGAGUUCUACCCCCACAACAAGGAGGGGCAGGAGCAGCUGAAGAUGCUGCAGAGCUACUGCCUGCUGGCCACCAAGGAGAAGUCCAACGUGGAGACGGCCCUUGGGGCCUUCAUCGAGAUCGCCCAGAUAGAAAAAGAAAGCGUCUCCGCCCUCCUGGCAAUGGCCCAGGCCUACAUGAUCCUGAAACAGGUCCCCAAGGCCCGAACUCAACUCAAGAGGCUGGCCAAGGCUCCCUGGGCCCUGGCCGAUGCCGAGGACCUGGAGAAGAGCUGGAUACUCCUGGCCGACAUUUACUGCCAGAGCGGCAAAUUUGACAUCGCCUCUGAGCUCCUUCGCCGCUGUGUCCAGUACAACAAGUCGUGUUGUAAAGCCUACGAGUACAUGGGCCUCAUCAUGGAGAAGGAGCAGUCCUACAAGGAUGCAGCGAGCAACUAUGAACUCGCCUGGAAGUACAGCAACCGGGCCAACCCUUCCAUCGGAUUCAAACUUGCCUUCAACUACCUGAAAGAUAAAAGAUUCGUGGAAGCCAUUGAAGUCUGCCACAGUGUCCUGAAGGAGCACCCCAACUACCCCAAGAUCAGAGAAGACAUUCUGGAAAAGGCCCAGGGGUCCCUGCGGCCCUAGCCGGAGCCGGAGCGGGAGCGGGAGCUGGGUACCAGUCGGGAGCAUCGGAAUGGAACACUCGGACUAUCCCUUCUGGACGGGCCCAGCGAGACCAAGGUGGGAGCCAGGGUGUCCAGAGCCCUUGGUGGCAGGAGAGAGACAGGUCCUUCCUCCCCUCCAGGCUGCUCUGACAGGCACCUGGACCACUCGGAGUUUAAAUUUCGAAGACGACAUGAUCUUUCUCAUUCCAUAUUCUGUGCUCGGUUGUUGGUUUUGCUGGUUUUUUUAUAGCAAAAAACGGGUGUGUUUUCUAACGGGUCAGAGAAUUGGUCACGAGGGGCUUUAGGACUUUUUGGAGAUCACAGGAUUAAGGGUCGGCCAACCUAGCUGUGUGACCUGGAGUUUUAGGUCCCUUCUCUCUAUGGGUCUCAGUUUACUCAUCUGUAAAAAAAAAUCGGGGGGUGAGAUUAGACUUGAUAACCUCCUAAGGUCCCCGCAGGAUCUAAAAUUCUCAAAUUCAAAAUUUCUUGUCAUCCCCCCCCCAAAGGUAUUUAAUCCGUAAUGUGGUGACAAGGUUAUAAAUGUUAAAAGGGGGAGAGACUGAUUGGGCACACUCUGGAGGCCUCUCCAGGAGGACAGGAGCAAACUGGAGCCCCGGGGCCUCUGCCGAAGUCCCAGGCUAGUCUGGAACAGACGUAGUGGAAAGGGCCCUGGGCUCCCGAGCUUCUUUCUCAAGCCUUGGCCCUCCCACAUACUCAUCCUAGCACUGUCCUGGGAGGAAAGGAUUCUGGUCGGCUACCCAGGGGGGGUUCAUCAUAAUUCAGCUCGAAUCCACUCCACAAGCAUGAUAAAAGAACUGAGGAUCCGUGGAGGGAUGAGGGUUUUAGGCCUGGAGCAGUGAGGUGGGUGGAGAAACAUGGGUUUGGGGGGCUAUUGAGAAGGACGGUGACUUCUGAGCAUUCUGGUAUGUAGGAGCAAAGUAUGGACAGGAUGGCAGGAGAGCGCCCAGAAGCAGAAAGGGGCUCCCCUUCCCAUCACUGGAGCUUUGUAGGAGCAGAGGGGGAGUGUUGGAUCUUUGUAGAGGGAAAGCCUGUUGGGCUGUGGCCCAGGGAGCUGGAGGGGAGCUGGGCUUGGGAGAUGGGGGGCAGAGCUUGACCUUUGGGGCUCUUUCUGUUCUAUUCCUGAACAUUGGGGGGGCUGGGAUUGGGGAGAGAAAUGAAAGGAUCAGCCUCAAGAGACUCAGGUUCUCCAAACCUUCACCGCCAUGUCCUGAAGUCCUUUGGACAUUCUGAUGCUGCCAUGAAUUUAAAUAUAUAUAAUAUAUGUAUGUAUAAUUUAUGAAUACAUAUAAAUAUAACCAGAUAAUGGCCCUCAGAAUGAGCUUGGUGCCUGUUGGUCGGUCACAGGGAAAAGGCCCCAGGAGUCGUGCUUUAUGUGCUGCUCUUCUCCUGGGGCCCCUUCCCUGGCCAAUGGGUGCAGUGUGCAUUUAAUAGGAUGUACCACUAAGAAAGCUUGUGUGAGGCUAGUGGAGGGGCCUUCGACUGGCAGUCGGGGCUCCAGAGUUCAGUCCUUGUUCUGCCACUUACUAGAUCUGGAAUCUUGGCACAGUCAGGGAAUCGGGUCAGACAGAAAGCUGGACCAUUAAACCGUUUACUUCUGAAUUCCUUCUGAAGUCUUAAGUAGAGAAAUAAAAUAUUUGUGACUCCGA